AUGGCCUACGUGGACCACGCCUUCUCCAUCACCGACGAGGACGACCUCGUCGGCGGGGCCGUAGGGGGCCCGCGCGGCGCCCCCGUCAAGGAGAUCGCCUUCGCCGCCGCCCUCCUCGCCUUCGGGGCCCUCGGCGUCGUCGCCGGCCUCUUCAUGGCCGCCAACCAAGUCGGCGGUGACACCGCGCACGGAAUCUUCUUCAUGGUUUUGGGCAUUGUAAUGUUCAUCCCUGGAUUCUACUACACAAGAAUUGCCUACUACGCAUACAAAGGAUACAAGGGCUUCUCUUUUUCAAACAUCCCACCAAUCUAA